AUGGCCUGCGAGCGCAGCAGCUCGCGCAGCCCGCGCAGGCGGGAGAGCUGCUUCGAGAUGAACUCCAGGUGGUGGCGCAGCCCUGGCAGCCUAGCAGCAGACAACCCCCUCAGCGACUAUGACAGGGAUGUGAUUCUCAAGCAGAACCCUUUGGCUGCAGACCUGGUGCAGCUGAACCAGCAGGUGAUCACUUGCGAUAGUCAAGACUCCCAUGCGGAGGAACCAUCAGUUCCUCCAGAUGAGUGGUAUGCAGGGACGAAGAAGAGGCGCCCUGGUUUCGCCAAGGAUUUGCGGCGGCACCAGCGGCGGCGCUCCAAGACUGCCCUGCUGCAGCGUAGCUACGUGGAGAUGGUUUGCGCCAGUGAGGAGCAGGCCAGACUUAUCAUCAAUGCGGUGAAGGACACGUGCUACUUCGUUCUUACCCGGCGGGAUGCCAGCCAGGAGUGCUCUGCGAUCUUUGAUGAGCUUGACACUGACGCGCUGCCGCUGACAGUCAUGAUAUUCCCCGAGUGUGAAGGCGAGCUGCCCUUGCACUUUGUGCUCACGAACAUGUUCCGAGGGGUCGGCGCUGAGGACAUGGCGGACCUUCAUCGCAGGCUCGAGGAGUGCGGCAGCUACCCGCCAGACUUUUGCUCCCUUUGGCUUUGCAGCCGCACUUUCGGGCCAUUACCUCCCGGCUUCCCUCGGCUUGAGAGCUUUCCGGUGGGCGACGACAGCAUCACAGGAGCAAUGUACUCCGCGGUGCUUUGCGCGCUUGCGAAAAGGAUCCGAAGCAAGGAGCCAGGGAGCCAGGGAAGGGCCAAUUUGCCGCACUCGGAGCAGCUCAGUAGGCUGCGAAGCUCCGGUCAUCCGGCAGCGCCCAGGGUGGUGCAUGAAACCUGCAAGGAGUGGGAGCGAGGCCAGAAAAUGAUCUCUGGAGAGGACUACGUCUACUCCAAGGAGUCCGGCCGCUAUUGCGCCUUGCACGCGGGCCGCGCGAACCCAAAGGCAUGGUCUUUGGCGCUGGAGUGUCGGAACUUCAAGGAUGGUCUCAGCAAAGAGAUCUUCUACCAAGAGCGGGUCUUUGUCAUGUCGCGACCCAGGGUCUUCCGGCGGUACCACCGCAUUCUGGGUCUCAGCGGCUCCAUCGGCAGCGAGCCAGAGAGAAAGUUCCUGCAGGAGACGUAUCGCGCUGCCUUCUUUGAGGUGCCACCUUUCUUGAAGACGUGCCGCGGAUCGCCAUUCCACGAACCGCUUCCAGCAAAGCUGGGCAGCUCCCAAGCUGCAGUGUACGUGGAGGAGAAUGUGGAGGCGCAGACCUCGCGCAUUGCAGAGGUGGCUUUCGAGGCACGGGAACGCGUGCCGGUCCUCAUCAUCGCGAAAGAUCGCAUGCAUGCUGACAGCUUGCUGGAGAGCAUGCAGAUGGCUGCGCGGUCCCGCGGCUUUGGCACAACCUCGCAGGAUGUGGUGCGGUCUCUAUCCCGGACGCUCUACGAAGCGGAGCCGGAGCAGUGGAAGGAGAAUCUCAACCGUGCCACGAUGCCUUUGGGAGCGACAGAAGGGCGAGAUAAGUCUUGGCGCAUCACCGUCACGGACCGAAGAGGUGGCCGUGGGACAGACUAUCGCGUGGACGACUCUGACGUGGAUGGGGCCGGAGGUCUUCUGCUGAUUCCUGCCGUGGUUCCGACCUCCCAGCGCGAGUGGACGCAAUUCCUGGGGCGCACGGCGCGGCAAGACCGGCAUGGCCAAUAUACGGCGGUGCUGUGCGCCAAGGACUAUGCUGCGCUUUCCAGCAAGUACAAGGAAAGCAUGCCUCAGGGCGGCUGCGGGUUGGAGCCGGUGAAGAUGGUGCUCAACUGGGGCGACCGUGACACUGCAGAGCGCAUCAAAGGCUCUGCAGCGCUGUACAACUGCGGCGUCCGAGUGAACGAGUUGUGCGAGGAAGUCUUCGGCAAACGAGCGGAGAUCCUCAAGGAUCCCCAAGCUCGAGAGAGGCUGGUUGACGUGUGUCAGAGACUUCGAUGGAUGAGCGUGCGGGAGGUGGAUGAUGCCUUUGCGCGGCUGCCAAGCUUCGACCCCAAGAAGGUGCCCACAGAAGCCAAAGACUUGGGCCGCCCAGAGACAGCCCCGAUGGUCGGCUCCAUGGCACUGCCGCCCGGGGGAGGGCCGGCAGUAGCUUCACACGGCGGCGCCAAGGUUGUCAUCUUCUGCUUGGACUGGAGUGCGUCCAUGAAGUCCAACGACACAAGGACAGCACUCAACCGCUUCCAGACGUGCGUGCAGUGCAUUCUGAGGAUCCUGAAGGACCAAGUCAGGGACAACGAUCUGGUUGGAGUGGUGUGCUUCGGCCCCAAUGUGCAGACCAUCAUUGCACCAACACCAAAAGGGGUUGGUGGGCGCAUGCUGCAAACACGGAUUGCCAGCCUGCAGCCGGCCAACGCCGGAGGAACCUGCUUCUACGAUGCUGUCCUGGAGUGCCUUCGCAUGCUGGGCAAGCCAGACCUGGUUCCGAGAGAGGCGCUGCGGUGGCUUGUUUGCCUCACGGACGGUGACGACUUGGGAAGCAGUCUUCCAAAUGCCCGGGGACAGAACGUGACGAAGAUGCUGGCAAGUGGAAAUGCACCUGCAGCCCUCCAAAUGGUGAUGAUCACGGUCGGCAACCUGAAGGCGGAAAACGUCCAGGUGAUCCAGUCUUGGGUGCGGCAGGUUACUGCGCUGGGCGGAAAGGGGCUGCACCUUGGAGACAAGGAUGCCACUGGCAUCGCAAAGGCUUUCGAAGUUGUUGCCGAGUUCCUUGCGGCGGAGACGGGAGGUGCAACCGAAUGCUGA